AUGAAGUACUCUGUCGCUGCCGCCGCUCUCGCGCUCGCCUCUGGCGUCGUCGCCAAGCCCCAGAUCACCAACUCCGCUGCCAUCAACCCUGAGGAGGGCAAAGCCUUCACCCUCCAGCUCUCCGGCUGCAGCGCCGGCUGCACCGUCUACCUGAUGCAGGGCCCCAAGGACGGCCAGGUGCCCGUCAAGGUCCUCGACAGCUCCGCUACCACCUCGGCCAAGAUCACCCUCAACAACAUUGGCUCCGGCAGCUACAGCAUCCGCGUCAAGGACAACUCCGUCACCGGCACGGCCGGCGACUCCAACUCCAACAACGACUACACCAGCAUCUUCAACUACACCGGCACUGGCCCGACCUCCUUCCCUCCUCUGUCCGGUUCCGCCUCCGCCACCUCCGCCAGCAGCGCCUCCGCCAGCAGCUCCGGCUCCUCCUCCUCGGCCUCCUCGGCCUCCAGCUCGGCCACCACCACCGGCUCCUCCUCCUCCGCGUCCAGCUCGGCCACCUCCUCCGCGUCGUCGACCUCGGCCACGUCUGCUUCCAAGAGCUCUACCUCUAGCGCCAGCAAGACCUCCAGCAGCGCCGCCGCCACGGCCACCAGCACCCCUCCCCCCAGCUCCGGCAACAUGCUCGCCCUCUCGCCCCUCGGCCUGAUUGGCGCCGCCGUCGCCGCCCUCUUCCUGUAA